AGUUCUCUUUUGUUUUCUGGAAGAGUGUGAAAGUGUGCCCUGUGUGAAAGGAGCAUGUUUGUCUCUAUCCGCCACCUUCAGAUUUGAUGAGCCACCCUUUCUGUCCUCGCUUCUCCUCAUUCACUCAUUCGCUACUCUAGUCUGGUAGUGUGUACUCAUAAGAAUGGAGAAAGCUCUAACCAAAGUGAACAGCUUGAAAAUUGGGAGCUCAUGGAUCUCAAAGAAAGCCAAGGAAGAGUUGUCUAACAUCAGCGACGACAUCACCACUUUCUCAAGUACCGUUGAGCAGAAGGCAAAAUGGAUUUUCGACAAGCUGAAAGGAAAGCCACCAAAGAGCUUACCAGAACUCCUCCGAGAGUACAACUUGCCACCAGGGCUCUUUCCAGCAAACAUAACCUGUUAUGAAUUUACCGAGACAAAUGCCAAGCUGAUUGUGUAUUUGCCGGCUCCAUCUGAAGUUACCUUCAAGGAUUCAUCUGCUAUAAGGUAUGCAACCCGGGUAAAGGCAAAUCUGUUGAGGGGAAAGCUCAUAGGGAUAGAGGGAAUGAAGACGAAGGUUGUUGUAUGGGUUAAGGUUACUUGUGUAGCAGUGGAAAGUUCCAAGUCUGACAAGGUCUGGUUUACUGCUGGCGUUAAGAAGUCAAGAUCCAAGGAUGUCUACAUCACACCCCAAGAUGCUAUUAGGGUACAAGAGUUUUGAGUUUGGGGUAUAUAUACUGAGCAUCACCAUUGAUAUUGUCAUCAGUGGCAAGAUGACCUGAAUUCUUGUAGUUUUUUGUUUAACAGGCAUUUAUUUGGCUGCUUUUUGACAAUGUCAAGUGCAGCAUGUUGUUAUUUGGUCAUUGGAAAUCUAUUUUUUUCUAUGGCUGUUGACAAAUAUCAUUAUUGAGCUGGAUAAUGCAAUUGCUUCAUUUGGGCUUGA